AUGAACCCUUCAAGGUCAUUCUCGUUCGCGAGAAAGUCUCUUUUGUCUCCCGGCAGUGUUUUAUGCCCGUCAUGUUCAAGGUCAUUUGGAGCAACAGCGUCUCAGUAUGCCGGACAUAACAAAUGGUCCAAAACGAAGCACAUCAAGGCGGUAACGGACAAAAAGAAGAUGACUGAGCGGGUUUCAUUUACAAAGCUUAUCACCAUGUACUCAAAAAUGUAUGGUGAGGAUGUCAGGUUCAAUCCGCAGCUAGCAAAUGCGGUUGCAGCAGCGACAAAAGCAAGCGUGCCAAAGUCAUUAAUCGAAGGGGCCAUAGCACGAGGCCAGGGCCGCUCUGCAACCGGCGCACAGCUUGAGCCCAUGACCAUGGAGAUUCUCAUGCCGCCCAAUAUUGCUCUAGUUGCUGAUAUUGAGACGGAUAAUAAAACACGCAGCUUACACGACCUCAAGUUUGUAGUCAAAAAGGCCGGUGGUCUUGUCGGAUCAACAGCCUUUUACUUUUCAAGACGCGGGCGUGCGGUGUUUAAACCUAGGGAUGGUGGCCCAUCUCUGACAGACGUCCUAGAUGAGGCAAUUGAGCACGAGGGUACCGAAGAUGUCGAAGAGCACCCUGACGGCGGGUACUUGAUUUGGACGGAGCCAUCCAAGCUCAUGGCCAUCACCGAGGCCAUUUCUAAGCGGUUUGAGCUCGAGGUUGUCGAGUCUGAGAUCAUGUGGGCUGCGAACGAAGACACCAAGGCCGACGUCGACUCGGCUGAACUGGUGGAAAGUUUGAAUACUUUGCUUUCCGGCCUUAGGGAAUAUACUGAAGUCAGAGCGCUCUUCGCCAACAUUCGCCAAGGCACCAUCACAGACGACGAAUGGGACAAGUUGGAGAGGCAUAUUGAUAUAUAA